UGCGCCGACACCGACCCCACGAUAGCUAGCACUAUGGAAGUGUACUCCUUGAUCACUUCAUCGGCAACAAUUGUGCUGAUUGCCGGGCUUUCAUUCCAGUACACUUUGCAGUGGACGGAAUCUUACAACAAAGCGGGCGAAGAGAUGCUCACUCUGAUCCAUGAGGCUCAAAAUACUCGCAGUGCAUUAAAUCCAAUCGAACUGUACGCCAAUGCAGGCUACGCGACAGACAACGAGAAAGAACUCUUACUGAAGAUACUUGCCCGGGUACGUUCAUUGAAUGUAAAGCUGCAUGACGAGAUGAGCUCGCAGCUGCAGGACAAGCACCUCAGUACACUCUCAAGGUUAACGUGGUUUCUUCGCAGACCUAGGUUACGUCAAAUUGCUGCAAAUAUAGCGACACAGAAAGACACUUUACUCGCCCUACAAGUUUCCAUGUUGGCAAGGAAAAUUGAGCAAUACGAACCUGAGGAUGAGAUGGGAGGGAUACAGCUGCCUAGGCGCUCAAUGGACGGCUUCCUCGAGGACUCUGGUGUCUGAAGCGUACGUCUGGCCAGAAGUGAGAGGUCGUUGAUGUAUCGUGUUAGCAAUCAACUCAACGUCAUGCCUGACUUACCGCAUACUACAUAGGCUCAGAAGAUGUAGGGAUCAUGGCUAGAUUUCACGUGAACCUGAACUGGAUCAGCUCGUAAAUGGGCUACAGAUUGUAUUCCGUUACCACACUUGGCG